CGGGCGAACACUGUGCAGAGUGGAGGUCGUUGGAGUCACUUGUCGGUUGUUAGCUUGUUCCGUAGGUUCGUACCCCGCCCGCUGCAGUCAUGCUGUCUGCUCUCGCCCGGCCUGCCGGCGCCGCUCUCCGCCGCAGCUUCAGCACAUCGGCCCAGAACAAUGCUAAAGUAGCCGUGCUGGGAGCUUCUGGGGGCAUUGGGCAGCCCCUGUCCCUCCUCCUGAAGAACAGCCCCCUAGUGAGCCGCCUGACCCUCUAUGAUAUCGCUCAUACGCCCGGUGUGGCAGCGGAUCUGAGUCACAUCGAGACCAGAGCAAAUGUGAAAGGCUACCUCGGACCUGAACAGCUGCCAGACUGCCUGAAAGGUUGUGAUGUGGUGGUGAUCCCAGCUGGAGUACCCAGGAAGCCAGGAAUGACACGAGAUGACCUAUUCAACACCAACGCUACCAUUGUGGCCACCUUGACGGCUGCCUGUGCCCAGCACUGCCCUGAAGCCAUGAUCUGCAUCAUUGCAAACCCGGUUAACUCCACCAUCCCCAUCACAGCUGAAGUUUUUAAGAAGCAUGGAGUGUACAACCCCAACAAGAUCUUCGGUGUGACAACCCUUGACAUCGUCAGAGCAAACACAUUCGUGGCAGAGCUGAAGGGUUUGGAUCCCGCUCGAGUCAACGUGCCUGUCAUUGGUGGCCAUGCUGGGAAGACCAUCAUUCCCUUGAUCUCUCAGUGUACCCCCAAGGUUGACUUUCCCCAAGACCAGCUGACCGCACUCACCGGGAGGAUCCAGGAGGCUGGCACAGAAGUUGUGAAGGCCAAGGCUGGAGCAGGUUCUGCAACCCUGUCCAUGGCUUACGCUGGAGCCCGUUUUGUCUUCUCCCUUGUGGAUGCCAUGAAUGGGAAGGAAGGUGUCGUUGAGUGUUCUUUUGUUCAGUCCAAGGAGACAGAGUGCACUUACUUCUCCACACCCUUGCUGUUGGGGAAAAAGGGCCUGGAGAAGAACCUGGGCAUUGGCAAAAUCACUCCUUUUGAGGAGAAAAUGAUUGCCGAGGCCAUCCCCGAGCUAAAAGCCUCCAUCAAGAAAGGCGAGGACUUUGUCAAGAACAUGAAGUGAGAGGUUCAAGCCCCAAGCAGCAGCAUCACCCUAACUUAUUGAGCAUCAUGUCUUUGAAGUCACCAGGGUCCUCCAUGUGCUGUGAUGAUGGGUGUUGUACCAGCAACAGCAUCCCUUCACAGUGGUGGCCGGUCUAUUGAUAAUAACAAUAAAGCAGACUGAUUGUCUUUUU